UCUCUCUCUCUCUCUCUCUCUCUCUCUCGUCCUCCUUCUCCUUCCUGUAUCUCUUGAUCUCUCAAUCAUGAACAAGGUAGUAGAUCCAAAAUCCAUGCAUAUCCCCCACUAUCGAUUUUGGAUCUGCUCCGAUGGUGAAGUUUCUGCUGGAGCAUCUGGAGAAAUCGAUUUUGGAUCUGCUCCGAUGGUGAAGUUUCUAUUGGAGCAUCAGUCUUAGUCGAGUUUGGAUAUGCUCCGAUGGUGAAGUUUCUGCUGGAGCAUUUGGAGAAAUCUGGGUGUAGGAUAUUAGACUGGUCUUGCUGGGCCGUUCAUUGCGAGAAGAAGAUUGCUGGAGUAUACACCAGCCGCGGAUGGAUAAUGGUGUGUAGUAAUCACAUGAACAUGCAAGAUGAGGUCAACCAAGUAGUGAUACAUGAGCUAAUUCAUGCUUUUGAUGAUUGUCGGGCUGCUCCGAUGGUGAACUGGGCUAAUUGCCCUCAUCAUGCUUGUAGCGAGAUUCGUGCUGGCCAUCUUAGUGGUGAUUGCCACUGCAAACGUGAAUUUUUGCUGUGCCAAGAAGAUUCAAGAAUUGUGAACAAUUUUUGAUCAGGCUCAGUUCAUUGAUCAAGACCCUUUGCAGCAGCAAGUGCAAUUUUCAUUGAUCAAGACCCUUUGCAGCAGCAAGUGCAAUUUUCAUUCAUCCAUCAAAUUUGCAGCAGCAAGUGCAAUUUUCAUUCAUCCAUCAAAUUUGUAGCACUAAGUGCAAUUUUCAGUUCAGGCUCAGUUCACAGAGUAUAGGGCUUUUCAAUUAAGAAUAGGUAUAUUAAUUUUAAUUUUUUUUUAUAUGAAAUUGUGCAGUCACCAUUGCUAGAAAAAGUGUGUUUUUUAGUGAUGGGGCCCACAGUUUCUCAGUCACCAAAAAUCUGAUAGUGGUUUAUUGGGUAUAUGUUAUGGCAGCAAUAGAAACCAUCAAUUAAUAGUGCCAA